UGGAAAUUUAAGAUAUCAAAAAGGAAAUAGACACAUAAAAUAAGCCCAUGACCUUUCUGACAGGCAUGGAUAAGCUUAUUUAAUUGGGCUUCCUACUUUCGAUGCCCCCCGCAUCUUCAAACCAGAGCCUAAAAAGAAACCACCGAAGGUAAAGAUAAGGCCAUAGCAGAUCAUCCAUGGCUUCUAUUGCCAUUACUGCCUCAAUGCCAAGAGCUUGCAGCUCUUAUCAUGUAACCAAGAAACAACAAUCCCUGACCAGACCUACACCCUCUCUUGUGAUGAAGCAAUCAACCCAGUUUGUCACUCUGGAUGCUGAAGGCCAAAAAUGCUUAGACACUGCUCAACAAGAAAAAUCUGAUCUACCUGUUGACAAGCCAGAGGGAGACAAGGAUGAAGCAAGCCAGAGUAUGGGUGCCGAAAAGUCUACUCCGAAAUUCAUGGAUGACCGUUGGAAGAAUGGAACCUGGGAUUUAAACAUGUUUGUUAAGAAUGGCAAAAUGGAUUGGGAUGGUGUCAUAGUUGCAGAAGCAAGGAGGAGAAAGUUUAUUGAACUCCAUCCAGAAGUGGCAAGCAACCAAGAGCCAGUCUUGUUUAGGAGUACUAUCAUUCCAUGGUGGGCAUGGAUAAUGCACUCCCACCUUCCUGAGGCUGAGCUACUAAAUGGUCGAGCAGCAAUGGUGGGAUUCUUCAUGGCAUAUUUUGUGGAUAUUCUCACAGGGCUUGAUCUGGUUGGCCAAACUGGGAAUGCCAUAUGCAAAGCUGGCCUUUUCAUCACUGUCAUUGGCAUAGUCCUUUUCAGAAGGAAAGACGAUUUGGAGAGGCUGCAAAAGCUAGCCAAUGAGGCCACACUGUAUGACAAACAGUGGCAGUCAUCUUGGCGAGAUCAACAAGAUGUGGGCAGUUGCCCCAAUAAUAACUCAGAGCAAAAUUGAAAUAUGGUUUUAGAUGAUUAUAGCAUAGUUACUUCAUGUAUGCUAUGAAAUGCUGCAGUUUGAGAUUCUUGGGAUUUUUUUUCAUGAUACUAUAGAAUUCAAAUUUGCAU